UCUGCCCCUUCUCUCUGUCUAAACCCUAAUCACUCACAGAGAGCGAAAGAGGGACCGGGAGAAUCCUCUCGCAUCAUCUCCACCGUCCAGUUCAAAUUCAAUGGCGGAAAGCUUAGUCCUCCGCGGCGUGAUGAAGGGCCACGAUGACGUGGUGACCGGGAUCGCCUGUCCGAUCGACAACUCGGACAUGAUCGUGUCAUCAUCAAGGGACAAAUCCCUCCUGGUGUGGCACCUGACCAAGGAAGAAUCCUCCUACGGCGUCCCCCGUCGCCGCCUCACCGGACACUCCCACUUCGUCCAGGACGUGGUCCUCUCAUCCGACGGUCAGUUUGCCCUAUCCGGCUCCUGGGACUCUGAGCUCCGCCUAUGGGACCUCGCCACCGGCGUCACCACCCGCCGCUUCGUCGGCCACACCAAGGACGUCCUUUCCGUCGCCUUCUCCGUCGACAACCGCCAGAUCGUCUCCGCAUCCCGUGACAAGACAAUCAAGCUCUGGAACACCCUCGGGGAAUGCAAGUACACCAUCGAGGGCCCCGAUUCCCACUCCAAUUGGGUCAGCUGCGUCCGCUUCAGCCCCAAUACCUUCCAGCCCACCAUCGUCUCUGGCUCGUGGGACCGCUCUGUCAAGGUCUGGAACCUCACCAAUUGUAAGCUGCGGAGCACCCUUGCGGGCCACAGCGGGUACGUGAACACGGUUGCUGUGUCGCCCGACGGGUCGUUGUGCGCCAGCGGGGGAAAGGAUGGGGUGACGCUGCUGUGGGACCUUGCGGAGGGGAAGCGGCUCUACUCGUUGGAUGCCGGCGCAAUCAUCAACUCGCUUUGCUUUAGCCCGAACAGGUACUGGUUGUGCGCGGCGACACAGGAGUGCGUGAAGAUUUGGGAUCUGGAGAGCAAGAGCAUUGUACAGGAUCUGAAGCCGGAUGUCGUCACGGGGAAGAAUCAGACGUUGUACUGCACAAGCUUGAGCUGGAGCUCGGAUGGAAGCACCCUCUUCACUGGCUACACGGAUGGUUCUAUCCGAGUUUGGGGAAUCGGCCGUUAUUAGAAAGCCUUUGGUGGGGCAAUGACGCCAAUUUCUAUUUGUAGGUUGAUGAUUUAAGGAUGAUCAUGCAGGAUUUUUAUCAGAUCUGUUCAUUAGUGCCGACUGUGGGCUUUGAGGCAGGCCUCUGUUUUUGUUUGAUUUCAUUUGAGAAUUUUAGUGAUGCUUUUUGCUGGGACAUCCCUCAUCUUUCUAAAGCUUUUAUUAGCAGCGGAUCUUUUG